AUGCCGUCCAGAAAAAAAACAGCCAUGUUUGCAUCCUCUUUUUUGACCUGCGUUUCCUCUUUCGCGAUGAUUUGUGUCGUUUUGGCGACCCAGCACUGGGUGAGUAGCGAGGUUAAGUUUGCUGGCACAAACUCCACCGUUAGGGUAAGCCUCACCUACGGACUUUUUAGCGGUACCUGUGAACAGUUCGUCGAUCCGGGACUUCAGGUUUCGGAAAGGACUUUCCAAGUUGCAGAUAACCUGAGAAACACCAAAGCGAAAAGCAUGAUCACUGCAAUUAUUGUCAUUCUGGUUCUCAGUUUACUGAGUUCCCUUCUGAGUUCUGGAUUUACUUGCACUAACGCUGUUAGUAAUCCCUACCAGACAUUUCUGGGACCCACCGGAGUCUAUACCUGGAAUUCCUUAUGCGGAAUCUUCAUACUUAUAGCCAUGAUACUUUUUCCUGUGAACACAGCAGGAAACGGCCUGUCUGUACAAUUGGCCCAAGGAUGUUUUUCUUUUCUGCAGAGACAUACCGACUCUAAACACACUUACGGAUAUUCGUAUUGGAUCAUGCUGCCCACCAUUCUUCUGAACGUUGCUUCUAUUAUCAUCAUAUAUUUCUAUGACCAUGCAAGUUAUUCUAAGAGGAAAGAACAGGAAAGACCCAUUGAAAAUGCACCAAAAGACGUCAUUCUGUUUUAA